GAAGCAGCGUGUAUCCCUACAUGUCGAGGUCCUUUCUGCUGGAUACGCAGUCCUGGGGAGAAGUCCCCAUUUGCACUCCCAAAGUUGCAUGCCCAGAACCUGGCCAGCUCCCCUCUACGCUCUUUGUACCCUGGGACCGCGUGACACGCACAUUCCACCUACAAGACUGGCUGAGCCCCUGGUUCCCUGUCUUGCUCCUUCUCUUCCAGAUCCGGGAGCUGGUCCCCGAGUCCCAGGCUUAUAUGGACCUCCUGGCAUUUGAGAGGAAACUGGAUCAAACCAUCAUGCGGAAGCGGGUGGACAUCCAGGAGGCUCUAAAGAGGCCAAUGAAGCAAAAGCGGAAGCUGCGUCUUUAUAUCUCCAAUACUUUUAACCCUGCGAAGCCCGAUGCUGAAGAUUCUGAUGGCAGCAUUGCCUCCUGGGAGCUGCGGGUGGAGGGGAAGCUCCUGGAUGACCCCAGCAAGCAGAAGCGGAAGUUCUCUUCCUUCUUCAAGAGUUUGGUCAUUGAGCUGGACAAAGACCUUUAUGGCCCCGACAACCACCUAGUUGAGUGGCACCGGACACCCACCACCCAGGAGACGGAUGGGUUCCAGGUGAAGAGGCCGGGGGACCUGAGUGUACGCUGCACACUGCUCCUCAUGCUGGACUACCAGCCUCCCCAGUUCAAACUGGAUCCCCGCCUGGCUCGGCUGCUGGGAUUGCACACACAGAGCCGCUCAGCCAUCGUGCAGGCCCUGUGGCAGUACGUGAAGACCAACAGGCUGCAGGACUCGCAUGACAAGGAAUACAUCAAUGGGGACAAAUACUUCCAGCAGAUUUUUGAUUGCCCGCGGCUGAAGUUUUCUGAGAUUCCCCAGCGCCUCACAGCUCUGCUAUUGCCCCCUGACCCUAUUGUCAUCAACCACGUCAUCAGCGUGGACCCGUCGGACCAGAAGAAGACGGCGUGCUAUGAUAUUGACGUGGAGGUAGAGGAGCCACUGAAGGGACAGAUGAGCAGCUUCCUCCUGUCCACGGCCAACCAGCAGGAGAUCAGUGCUCUGGACAGUAAGAUCCAUGAGACGAUUGAGUCCAUAAACCAGCUCAAGAUCCAGAGGGACUUCAUGCUAAGCUUCUCCAGAGACCCCAAAGGCUACAUCCAAGACCUGCUCCGCUCCCAGAGCCGGGACCUCAAGGUGAUGACAGAUGUGGCAGGCAACCCCGAGGAGGAGCGCCGGGCUGAGUUCUACCACCAGCCCUGGUCCCAGGAAGCCGUCAGCCGCUAUUUCUACUGCAAGAUCCAGCAGCGCAGGCAGGAGCUGGAGCAGUCGCUGGUUGUACGCAACACCUAGGAGCCCCCGCGAAUGAGCCCACUGUGGGCCUCCGCGCCCCGGGCCCUGGCCCCCCGGGGCUCUGCCGCACUCCUCUGCCACCUUCUGGGUGAGGCAGGGGAAUGAUUAAAGGUCAUGCAUCUGAGAGCAGACUUGUGUGUCAUUGGCAACUGGGGAGGAAGGACAAGGGGAAGGCGGUGGGUCCCUCUGGGAAGACUGCCCACCCCCUCCCUCAGAGUCUUCUCUUUACUCCGUUUCCCCUAGACCUAAAAACGGUUUGGCAGAAGACACUUUUAAUAACAUUUAUCUUAUUAAAAAAAUACAGCACAA